AUGCCACCAGCAAGCAAAGCUGAUAAGAAGGCGGCAGUUGAUGUGGCUGCAUGGAUGUUCAACGUAGUCACUUCAGUUGGGAUCAUAAUCGUGAACAAGGCCUUAAUGGCUACUUAUGGCUUCAGAUUUGCGACAACAUUAACUGGUUUGCAUUUUGCUACCACAACCUUGAUGACGGCUGUUCUAAGAUGGCUGGGCUACAUCCAACCUUCUCAUCUACCUGUAAUGGAGCUUCUAAAAUUUAUCAUAUUUGCAAAUUUCUCUAUAGUAGGAAUGAAUGUCAGCCUAAUGUGGAAUUCAGUGGGAUUUUACCAGAUUGCGAAGCUGACUAUGAUCCCUGUCUCCUGCUUGUUGGAAGUUGUGUUUGACAAGAUACGAUAUUCGAGAGAUACAAAGCUUAGCAUCUUAGUUGUACUCCUUGGUGUUGCUGUCUGUACAGUUACUGAUGUGAGUGUUAAUGCCAAGGGAUUCAUUGCUGCUUUUAUUGCAAUUUGGAGUACGUCACUGCAACAGUAUUAUGUUCAUUUUCUUCAGAGAAAGUAUUCUCUUACGUCAUUUAAUCUAUUGGGUCACACUGCACCAGCCCAAGCUGCAUCACUAUUGUUGUUAGGCCCUUUUCUUGAUUAUUGGUUGACGAACAAGAGAAUUGAUGCCUUUGACUUCCAUCUUCCGUCAAUGGUGUUCUUGAUCCUAUCAUGCACGAUUGCUGUGGGUACAAAUCUCAGCCAGUUCAUCUGCAUCGGCAGAUUCACUGCUGUCUCAUUUCAAGUGCUAGGACAUAUGAAAACUAUCCUUGUAUUGAUUCUCGGUUUCUUAUUUUUUGGGAAAGAGGGCCUUAACAUACAAGUAGUUAUUGGCAUGAUUAUUGCCGUUAUUGGUAUGAUCUGGUACGGCAAUGCCUCAUCUAAACCUGGAGGCAAAGAAAGACGUAGUUAUUCAAUACCCAGAAGCAGUCAGCAAAAGCAUGGAGGAUUAACAGAAUCUUCUGAAGUCGAUGAAAAGGUAUAA